AUGCGUAAGUUUUUCCCCAUUCCUCGUCCCUUAAAACUAGUUUCUGCUACUUCCUUCAAAUCCUUCAAUUCAACUCCAUUUCUACACCAACAAGAACAAAUCACUACUACUACAACAACAACCAAUGAGAAAAAUCCCACAAAUUCCUCAUCCCAAAAUCUUGAAGAACAACUUCGUAAACUCCGAAUUUUGCUACAACAACAUCGUACUGAAACUGCAAAGUCAAUCUUGGCUACCCUUAUUCACAAAAACUCAGUUUCACAACUCUAUACUCUUUUUUCACCUUCCCCUACAAAACCCAUUUUUUCGAACUUGCUAUUAUCACUUUAUUCAGAGUCAAAACUCAUCAAUGAAGCUAAAGAACUUUACUUUAUGAUAAGGGAAGACAAAAAGUUUCCAUCUUUAUCAGCUUUUAAUGUGUUUCUUGAAUCUUUGAAUAGUUUGAGACAUUACAAAGUGACCCUUGAAGUUUUUGAUGAUGUAGUGAGUUGGGGUAUAAGGGUUGAUAGGUUUAGUUAUGGUAAAGCUAUUCAAUCAGCUGUGAAAUUGGGGGAUUUAGGUAAAGCUUUGGAGUUAUUGAAUUGUAUGAGAAAGGAUAAGUUGAGUUUAAAUGAGUUUGUGUAUAAUGUAGUGAUGGGUGGGUUGUGUAAAGAGAGGAGAGUUGGGGAAGCGCAGAAACUGUUUGAUGAAAUGCUUGAGAGAAGAGUCGCACCAAGUAAGGUGACUUAUAAUAUUCUUAUGGAUGGGUAUUGUAAAACGGGGAAGUUGGAAGAGGCUUUUAAGUUGAGAGAAAAGAUGAAGAAUGAUAAUGUGGAGCCGAAUAUUGUGACGUUUAAUACGUUGCUUAGUGGGCUUUGUAAGUUGGGGAAGAUGGAGGAGGCUAAUUGUGUUGUGGAGGAAAUGAAGGGUUAUGGAUUUGUACCUGAUGGGUUUACUUAUAGUAUACUUUUCGAUGGGCAUUCACGACAUGAUGAUGUUAGUUCUUUGUUGGUGUUGUAUGAAGAAGCGGUUAAGAAAGGGGUACAUAUGAAUGAGUACACGAGUAGCGUUUUGUUGAAUGGCUUGUGCAAGAAAGGGAAGACAAAUAAGGCUGCAGAGAUUUUGAAGAAGUUGAUGGAAAAUGGGCUUACUCCUACUGAGGUUUUGUUUAAUACCAUUUUGAGUGGCUAUUGCAAAGAAGGCAAUAUGGAGAAGGCUUAUUCAACUAUUGACGAAAUGGAAAUUUCCGGG